AUGACAUAUCAACACCAUUGCUCGAAGCCUAAGCAAGCUUUAAUUGGAGGAAAGGUGUUUGCUCUGACGGGGAAUCAAACUUCUGAUGAUGACAGGUUGAUCAAAGGUAUAUGUUAUACUAAUAAUACGCCUUUGAUUGCUAUUAUCAAUAUUGGUGCUACUCAUUCUUUUAUUGUUACUGACUGUGUGAAAAGGCUAGAUCUUGUUGUGUCUUCUAUGAAUGGAGAAAUAGUUAUCGAAACUCCUACUAAGGAUUCGGUGACUACUACUUCAUUGGAGUUCAAUCAUGUUCAUAUCAAUUGUUAUAACAAGUCGGUGCGGUUUCUUACUCCUGGUGAGGAGGAAGAAGCUGGUUUCUUAUCUGCUAGAGGGUUGAAUGAGAUUUUGGAAGAGGAAGCUCGGGUAGUGCAGGAUUUUCCAGAGGUAUUUUCAUAUGACAUUUCAGAUGUACCGCCAGAGAGAGGGGUGGAGUUUUUUAUUGAUCUUGUCCCCGGUACCAUACCCGUUUCUAUGGCACCAUACAAGAUUUCUGCAUCAAAGUUAGCAGAGUUGAAGAAACAAUUAGAAGAUUUGCUAGAGAAGGGAUUUGUGAAACCAAGUGUGUCUCCUUGGGGAGCUCUAGUAUUGUUGGUAAAGAAGAAAGACGGUAGCAUGAGGUUGUGUGUGGAUUACCGGCAGUUAAAUAAAGUGACGAUUAAGAACAAGUAUCUACUUCCCUGA